GACCCCGCCCCCGCCCGCGGAACCGGAAGUAGAGCCUGGCGCCUGGGAGCGGCGGGAGCGGCGGGCGCGGCGGGAUCCAGGGUCGACCCAGGCCGGACCGACCCCAGGCGGCGACGGAAUCAUUCCCCAAUGCCUGGAAAUUCCUCAUUGGAUUACUGUGUUUUCAACAGAGUUUUGUGAACAGCCUUUUAUCUCCAAGCGGAAAGAAAGAUGUGGAAAGCUUCAGCAGGCCACGCUGUGUCCAUCGCCCAGGAUGACGCGGGGGCCGAUGACUGGGAGACCGACCCUGAUUUUGUGAAUGACGUGAGUGAGAAGGAGCAAAGAUGGGGUGCCAAGACGGUGCAGGGCUCUGGACACCAGGAGCAUAUCAACAUACACAAACUAAGGGAGAAUGUCUUUCAAGAGCAUCAGACCCUUAAGGAGAAGGAGCUUGAAACAGGACCAAAAGCCUCCCAUGGCUAUGGAGGGAAAUUUGGUGUGGAACAGGACCGAAUGGAUAAGUCAGCUGUCGGCCACGAAUAUCAGUCGAAACUUUCCAAGCACUGCUCGCAGGUGGACUCGGUCCGUGGCUUUGGAGGCAAGUUUGGUGUCCAGAUGGACAGAGUUGAUCAGUCUGCCGUAGGCUUUGAAUACCAGGGGAAGACUGAGAAGCACGCCUCCCAGAAAGACUACUCCAGUGGUUUUGGUGGCAAGUACGGCGUGCAGGCUGACCGAGUAGACAAGAGCGCGGUGGGCUUCGACUACCAGGGCAAGACGGAGAAGCACGAGUCACAGAGAGAUUACUCCAAAGGUUUUGGCGGCAAAUACGGUAUCGACAAGGACAAAGUGGAUAAGAGCGCCGUCGGCUUUGAGUAUCAAGGCAAAACGGAGAAGCACGAGUCCCAGAAAGACUAUGUGAAAGGGUUUGGAGGAAAAUUUGGUGUGCAGACAGACAGACAAGACAAAUGUGCCCUUGGCUGGGAUCACCAGGAGAAAUUGCAGCUGCAUGAAUCCCAAAAAGAUUAUAAGACUGGUUUUGGAGGCAAAUUCGGUGUUCAGUCGGAGAGGCAGGACUCCGCUGCUGUGGGGUUUGAUUACAAGGAGAAGCUGGCCAAGCACGAGUCCCAGAAAGACUACUCCAAAGGAUUCGGCGGGAAGUAUGGGGUGCAGAAGGAUCGGAUGGAUAAGAAUGCGUCAACCUUUGAGGAUGUCACGCAGGUGUCCUCUGCCUACCAGAAGACAGUACCUGUGGAAGCUGUGACCAGCAAAACAAGUAACAUAAGAGCUAACUUUGAAAACCUCGCUAAGGAGAAAGAGCAGGAGGACAGGCGGAAGGCGGAGGCAGAGAGAGCCCAGCGGAUGGCUAAGGAGCGGCAGGAGCAGGAAGAGGCCAGGAGGAAGCUGGAGGAGCAAGCCAGAGCCAAAACGCAAACGCCCCCUGUGUCGCCCGCACCUCAGCCAACCGAGGAGAGGCUGCCCUCUAGCCCCGUCUAUGAGGAUGCGGCUUCCUUCAAGGCAGAGCUGAGCUACAGAGGCCCUGUGAGCGGGACGGAGCCGGAGUCCGUGUACAGCGUGGAGGCCGCUGACUACCGAGAGGCCGGCAGCCAGCAGGGCCUGGCCUAUGGCACAGAGGCUGUCUACGAAAGCGCAGAGGCCCCGGGCCACUAUCCCACAGAGGACAGCACCUACGAUGAGUACGAGAACGAUCUGGGGAUCACAGCCGUCGCCCUGUACGACUACCAGGCUGCGGGCGAUGAUGAGAUCUCAUUUGACCCCGACGACAUCAUCACCAACAUCGAGAUGAUUGACGACGGCUGGUGGCGUGGGGUGUGCAAGGGCCGGUAUGGGCUCUUCCCAGCCAACUAUGUGGAGCUGCGGCAGUAGGGCCCCCGCCCCCCGGGAGCUGCGCCCCAGAUCCUCACACUACAGAUCAGGCCUUCUUUGGUUCUUGGGUUUUGGGUUUCUUUGUUUUUUUUUUUUUUUGAAGGUGGGGAGGGGAAUAUACACAUUGCUUUUAUAUUUAAUACUUUUGCUGAUGCUUUUGAAAAUGUUUAUGCCACAGAAUUUGCUAAUAUAUUGUAAUCACAUUCCUUAGGAGGACUUUGGUAAUUGGUUUUAUGCAUUGAUGGUUUUUUUUUUUUUUUUUUUUUGCCAAAUUGACUGUCACACGCAGCAGCUUCAGGGAGCUCACAUUCUCGUGUGUGUGUUGCCCAUGUGCCCAUCAAGUGCAGUCGGGACCUCCCAGGACAAGCACGAGGCCUCAGGUCGGCUCUGGGGCGGGUAGGCAGGAAGGACUGUCCCAGACGAGGGGCUUCCUCUAGAGUCUCACUGUUUGGGAGAAGAGGGAUGGGCCUGAUAGAAGUUAACCCGGAGCCAAGUCACCCAGAGCACAGGAGCUGCCAUGUCAGAUGGGAAAUCUGCCUGUGUCAUACCGUGACAGCCCGCAGGAUCAGGUGACUUCUAGCAGAGACCCUGGUUUUUUUCCUGUGCCCACUCCAGCUUAUCCUUGUCUCUACCCAUCUCCUGAUGCCCAGGUUGCCGGGGGGGCUGCUGGGAGCCUCUCCUGCCCCCGCCGGGCAGUGUCACCGUGUCCUUGAAAUCCUCCCCUGCCCCGCGGGUCUCUGGAUUGGGACGCACAGUGCAGUUGAGUGCGUCGGGCUUGGCUUUUCACAAAGGCUGAUGUCUUGACUGUCUCCCAUAAGGGUCCCUGGGCCACCGAGCAGCCUGGGGCAGUGUGUGUGCCAUGUCACAGCAUGGCCUCUUGGCCUUGGGAAGGAAGGCAGUGCCUGUUCUGCUGUGAGCCACCAGGAACCCUCCUCCCAUCAGCGGGGGUGUAGUAUUUUUGCCAAAAUACCAUGUUUAAUUACAGUAGUUUGAUCAGUUGAAGGCUAGAAGUGUGAAGUGCAGAUAAGUGUGUGUUCCUCCCCAAGGUCCCCCCACAGCUCCGGGACACGGCCGUCCUGGCAUUUGUGGCCACUCACUUUGUAGGAAACUCAUCUCCUUCCUGAGGAGCCGGGAGGCUGGACCAGUCCCGUCGUGCAGUCAGAUGGGCGCUGUGUCUUUCCAGAAGCUCACGUGGAAAUGUCUCGGGACUUGGGUCCCAGAGCACCCGUGAAGCGCGUGUUUUUGCUCCUGGGGUGCAUUUCUCAUCAUCCUUGCUUUACCACAAUGAGCAGUGAGGUCGGGUUUUAUAUGCAACCUAUUGUAUCUGAAUUCCUGUAGCACACCUCAUAGGUAUGAUUUUUUUAAAUUAAAGAAUUCAGAAUAAACUUUUUUUGAUCCA